AAGGUGUUGAGUUUUAAGGUGGGUUUGGUUUUAUUAUGUCGCGGCCAUUUAGAGGAAAAAUAUCGUUAUUUAUUCCGUUUGGUAGCGGAUCCAGAACGUAAAGUUGAUCAAAGAAAAUUGGGCUUGUUAUUACAUGAUUGUAUACAGGUUCCCCGUCAAUUGGGUGAGGUGGCAGCUUUUGGUGGAUCUAAUAUUGAACCUUCUGUUCGUUCCUGCUUAGAGAGAGCUGGUAUUUCUCAAGAAGCAAUUGAUUCUAAUCAAGAACUUACGAUUGAAUUACAUCACUUCCUUGCUUGGCUACAACAUGAACCACAAAGUUUAGUGUGGCUACCAGUAUUACAUCGUUUGGCAGCUGCUGAGGCAGCUAAACAUCAGGCGAAGUGUAACAUUUGCAAAGAGUAUCCCAUUGUUGGCUUCCGUUAUCGCUGCCUUAAGUGUUUCAAUUUCGACAUGUGCCAAAAGUGUUUCUUCUUUGGACGUAAUGCCAAAAAUCAUAAACUUAGUCAUCCCAUGCAUGAAUACUGUACAACGACCACUUCCACUGAAGAUGUUAGAGACUUUACGCGUGCCUUGAAGAACAAAUUCAAAUCACGCAAAUAUUUCAAAAAACAUCCACGUGUGGGCUAUUUACCCGUACAAAGUGUUUUAGAGGGUGAUGCCUUAGAAUCACCUGCACCCAGUCCCCAACAUACUACACAUACUCUGCAAAAUGAUAUGCACUCAAGACUGGAAAUGUAUGCUACACGUUUGGCUCAAGUGGAAUAUGGUGGUGGCACUGGUUCCAACUCUACUCCCGAUAGUGAUGAUGAACAUCAACUGAUAGCUCAAUAUUGUAUGGCUUUGCCUACAAAUAAUGGUGCUGCUCCCAAAUCUCCCGUGCAAGUAAUGGCUGCCAUGGAUGCCGAACAACGCGAGGAACUGGAAGCCAUUAUUCGGGAUUUAGAAGAAGAAAAUUCUAGUUUACAGGCCGAAUAUCAACAAUUAUUAACGAAACAGAGUACAACACCCGAUGAGAGCAGUGGUAUGCAACAUUCCAAUUCAUCUGUGGGUGGUUUAGCGCAGGGUGCCAAUGCUCAGGGAGAACAUGGUCAAGACAUGAUGGCCGAGGCUAAAUUGCUGAGACAACACAAAGGCCGUUUAGAGUCACGCAUGCAAAUCCUAGAGGAUCAUAAUCGUCAAUUGGAGGCUCAAUUACAACGUUUACGCCAAUUGCUUAAUGAUCCUAAUAAUGGUGCUACCCCCGGUUCGGCUUUAAAUUCAAAACCGAAUACUUUACAAACCCGUUCAGUGACUGCUUCACAACUUAAUACCGAUUCGCCGGCUAAAAUGAAUCAACAAAAUGGCCAUUAUGACCAGAACUCGACGGCCAUAGGCAAGGCAAUGGAGGAAUUGGUAACAGUUAUAACGGAACAAGAAAUCGAGCAAACUUUAGAACAAGAUCUAGAGGAGGAAGAGGAGAAUCAGAUAGAGCAAGAACAAACAGCAAAUGAAACCACAACUUCUAUAAACACAAAUAAAGCGAUAAAAACACCCAAUGCCACAUCGACACCAUAUGGUUAUAAUAAAUAAAUAAAUGUUUUUUCUUUAAGAAAAAGAAAAAAA